AUGGUACCACAAUGUCAUGAUGUCCCCCACCAUGGCACUUACAAAGUGGCACAAUGUCCCCCACCAGAGUCCCACAAUGUCCCCCACCAUGACACCUACAAGCACCUGCCGUUUCACAUCCUUGCUUUGCAGAGGUUCCUUGCAGGGGUCCAGGGGCUCCUUGCAGGGAAGCACGAGCUGAAAGCCCCUUUUGUUCCCGCACACCUCUUCCCCCACCUCCACCCCCAUAUUUACGGAUUUGCUUUCCCUCCCGGCCCCUCGGCUUGUGUUUAUUUUUCCCCUCAGCCGCAUUGGUGUGAAGGUGGCUCAAAGCAGCUCUGUUCUCCCCCACGAGUGGUGUUCAGGAUUCCAUGGCAGCCUUUUCUCUCUCCUCGUUUGCAGCCUGGUUUCCUGGCCGGCGAGAUGGGAAUCGCCAGCCCCAGCACGCUGUCCCCCACUGCAGCCAAAGGGGCGUCGCAGUAUUUUUCUUACCCCAACAAUCCUCGCAGGAGAGGUGCUGAGAGCAGCAUAGAUGGACAGCCCAAAAAGGUUCGGAAGGUGCCUCCUGGACUCCCCUCCUCGCUCAGCUCCAUGUUUCUUGCAGAUGGACUCCAUAACUCGCCAGACCURUGGAGUUCCCCGGGUGCCAUGAGCCAGUCGAGUUACGGUGCCAUGCUGGGCAGUUCCUCGUCCCCGCUCCCGCAGUCCAGCGGCUUCAACAGUUUACACCAGCACGAACGCAUGAACUACCAGCUGCACCCUGGAGAGGUGAACGGMGGGCUCCCUGCUGUACCCGGCUUCUCCUCGGCCUCCACGGCGUACGGAGUGUCCAGCCACACGCCCCCGAUCAGCGGCACGGACAACAUGAUGGGAAACAGAGGAAGCACAGCCGGGAGCUCCGGGGACGCGCUCGGGAAGGCUCUGGCCUCGAUUUACUCCCCUGACCACUCAAGCAAUAACUUCUCCUCCAACCCCUCCACCCCGGUCGGGUCCCCGCAGGGCCUCGCAGGCUCGUCGCAGUGGCCGCGGGCGAGCGGAGCGGGUGCCUUAUCUCCCAGCUAUGAAGGGAGCCUCCACACUUUGCAAAACAAAAUGGAAGACAGGUUGGACGAAGCCAUCCACGUGCUGAGGAACCACGCCGUGGGCCAGACCUCRGCCAUGGCCAGCAACCACGGCGACAUGCACGGGCUGCUGGGCUCAGCACCACCCCACAGCGCUGCCGUGGGCAGCCUGGGCCAGGCCUUCCCUGCCUCAGUCAUGGCCCUGGGGAGCAGGCACCCCAGUCUGGUGGGAGGAGGCCACCCCGAGGAUGGGCUGUCCAGCACCCCCAGCUUGCUCCACAACCACGUCACCCUUCCAGCACAGCCCAGCUCGCUCCCAGACCUCAGCAGGCAGCAGGACUCGUACAGUGGCUUGUCUGGGGCGCUGGGGCGGAGCAGUGUCUCCUCAGGAACGAGUGAAAUAAAGAGGGAAGAGAAGGAGGAUGAGGAGAACACGUCAGUGGCAGAUAACUCUGAAGAGGAGAAGAAGGAGCUGAARCCCUCCCGGAACAGAACAAGUCAAGAUGAGGAUGAGGAGGACGAUCUUCUUCCCCCAGAGCAAAAAGCCGAGAGAGAGAGAGAAAGGAGGGUCGCCAAUAAUGCCCGUGAGCGCCUGCGGGUCCGUGACAUCAACGAGGCCUUUAAAGAGCUCGGACGCAUGUGCCAACUGCACCUAAACAGCGAAAAACCGCAGACCAAACUGCUAAUCCUACACCAGGCCGUAUCAGUCAUACUGAACCUGGAGCAACAAGUUAGAGUGUGCGUGCCCAUCCUCGGGCACAGUGUCCCCAGGGGAGAAGGGGGAAGUGAGGGCAGUACAGACGAGGCCUUGUCACUGGAGGACAAAGAUCUGAGGGACCGGGAGAGGAGAAUGGCCAAUAACGCCAGGGAAAGGGUGCGUGUGCGGGACAUUAACGAGGCCUUUAAAGAACUGGGACGCAUGUGCCAGAUGCACUUAAAAACGGACAAAGCACAGACCAAACUGAUCAUCCUACAGCAAGCGGUGCAGGUCAUUCUGGGCCUGGAGCAGCAAGUACGAGAGCGCAAUCUGAACCCGAAAGCYGCCUGCUUGAAGCGUCGGGAAGAGGAGAAAGUGUCCGGAGUGGUAGGAGACCCCCAGAUGACACUUUCAGCUUCACAUCCUGGUCUAGGAGACGGUCACAACCCUGUUGGACACAUGUAAAGAUCUUUUUGUUCCUCUGGAUACAGAGAUCUGUAGGAAGAAAACCCUYGGUGUGACCUUGUUGAACCAUAAACUGUAGUACUGCUCAUACUGACACACGCAGACGGAUCCUGGCGUGACGUAAGGGGUGRAAAAAACACUUUGUCAGAAACAAAACGGAAACAAAAAAAUUGCCUUAAGUAUAAAGUGCAGAACAGUCAAUACAUAUCACUCAGUUAGGAGGGGGUGGCGUGUUCUCUUGGCUUGUUCACAAGCAGCCAGCAGCAAAAUUGUGCCUAAGCUUGAUAUUUCUUUUUUAAAAAAAAAGAACAUUAGUUAUGAGAUUUUUUAUGUAGAACAAAUAGCAAUGCCUUUUGGUUUUUUUUAGCUUCUUUUGCAUAUGUUUUGUAAGCAACGAAAAGAAUUUUUUUUUGUAUAAAAACAUGUCUUGUA